AUGGCGCUACUACAACAACUAGUAAGCGAAGCCUCUAGAAGAGCCCCAACUAAUCUUGGGCUUGUCAUCUCUCUUGUGGUUGUUCUCUAUCGCUUUUUGAAGAUAGGUUCUAGACCUAAAGACUACCCACCAGGCCCACCGGCACUUCCAUUCGUUGGCAACUUGCACCAAAUCCCAAAGAGGAACAUUCAUUUGCAAUAUGAGAAAUGGGCAAAACAAUGUCUGGCGGAUGGCCAGGUCAUUCAUGGUCUUGUUGACUUGAGAGGCUCUAACUAUGCAGACAGAUCUGAGCUAUGGGUCCGCGGGUUAUUUGAUAAUUCCAGAAUCAUUAUGAAAAACCUUCCUUACCAAGAAUUGGAAAUACUCCAGAUGCUAACCCAAAUACACACUGACAUGGAAAACUUUGUUCUCCAUGUGGGCCGAAUGACGGAAAGCAUGGCUACAAUUAUCGCCUAUGGGUUUCGUUUGCCCAAUACCACAGAUCCUUUAACCCACGAGAUGCUAGAAAACUCACAUGGAUUCUUCCAGUGUAUCAUCAAGUCCAAAAUUCUGGACUGGUACCCUUCAUUAAAGCCGUCCAGCCGACUUCCAUGUUUUGCCACCAACAUAGAGGCUUCGAAAUCGAAAAUAGAGCUCUUGAUUGACCAUGCGGCUGUCUACAUUGUAGGCAUUGCAUUCGGAGGAGCGGAUACUACUCGAUACACUCUCCAAAGGAUUUUCAAAGCUAUGGUAUUGUUUCCAGAGCUCCAGAAAGCCGCUCAAGCUGAGAUUGAUAAGGUAUUUGGCCUCUCAAAGUUACCAUCUGGUGAACAUCUCAUAUCUCUGAAAUACAUCCGUUGCACAGCCAAGGAACUAGUGAGGGGGUUGCCUACUGCAAUCAAUGGAGCUAUACUCCAUGCAGCUGUCGCAGAAGACACAUACCGCGGAUAUCCUAUUCUUGCUGGAGCCUCCAUUGUGGUCGCCGUCUGGUCAGCGAGUCACAAUCCUCAGGACUUUGAGGAUCCCAGGACCUUCCGCUCAGAAAGACAGGAUCCAGAUAUCAGCCUACUAGAGGCUUUGAAUGCUGCUUCAACCAAGAAUUGGGGGUUUUAUGGAUUUGAUUCUGGGCACCGCAUCUGCCCAGUAGUUUAUGUCGCAGAAAACACACUCUUAAUUGCGAUAGCACGUGUUUUGUGGGCACUUAAUAUCAGCACAGCGGAAGAUAGGAGUGUUAACUUGAUUGAAAUUGAUCGAGAUGCUAUGGCAGGAGGACUAGCAGCUAUGCCAGCGCCUUUCAAGUGCAAGAUUGUUCCACGUAGUGCUGGACGCAUAGUCCUGAUCGAUAAAGAGUGA